CCGUGUUGUGGUGUCUCUGGCACGGGCAGGCAGGGUGGGGAUGGAGGGGCCCCACCUCCCAUGUCUGUGUUCCAGCUCGCCCCUGCCCCCAUCCUGGGGCCCUGGGGCUCGGGACCCCUGGGCCUCCCUUCUGUCUGCCUCUCCCACCUUGGUUGGGCCUCCUCAGGGUCCUGGGAAAUGGGGCCACAGGGACCCAGGCAGGUGGUGGCAGGGGCUCAGGGUGGGAUGAGUGUGGGCCCAAGGUGUUUGGAAGCCCAGGAGGGAAGACCGAGGUCAGAGGAGCCAGGGGCCGUGGGGAGCUGGCUGCUCUUCCGAGUUCCUCUCCAGUCCCAGACCCCAUUCGGCAGCCAGGGAAGGAAGGGGAGGAGGGUGGCGGGGAGCUGGCUCCAGCCCCAGGACACACCGAGGAAAUUAGUUUGUCUCUGUGCUUGUCAGUGUGUGAACCUCCCCCGGGCCCUCAAUCCCAGGCCUCGCCCCUCUCCUUCCCUUUCUCACCGCUGACACGGCUUCAGCCCUUUCCGGCCCCCCCACGCCACCCCCCUGCCUCUCCCUAGGACUGGCAAGGACUCUGCCCUGCCUCCUCCAUGCCUUCCAGACCCUUCCUCAGCCGUUCUCUCCAGAUGCCUCAGUGUCUUCCCUGCUCCGACCAGCAGAGCCCUUCCUUGGGGUGUCAGUGGAUACCCGUAUGUCUCCUGACCCUGCAGACAGCUGACACCCACCCAGCAUGUCCAGGGCGAACGAGGCAGCCCUGUCUCCCUGGCCAGAAAACCAGCCUCCCUUCUGCUACCCCUCUAGUUUCUGACCCCACUUCUCUCCUGCCUACCCCUGCCAAAUUUCUACACCCUCUGCCUCCACUUCCUCUCCACCUCCUCACUCCUUAACCCCCGGCAAUCUGGCCUCCCGUUCGCUGCAGUGGCUGCUCUCCAGGGCCGGCGGAGGCAGCCUCCGCGCCACUCAGUCACCUCUUGGCCAGCCUGUCCUCACUCACUCUCCCAAUUGUGACUCUGUUUUGCAGCUACACUGUCAAGCUCUGCAGCCUCCUGGGCUCCUCUCCUGGCCUCCUCUACUUCUGCCUUGCCUUCGGCACCUCCUCUUGCUAUCCACCUGCCCCUGGGCAGUCUUCAGGGCCUGGCUGAGUGCCCACUGCGGCCUUUCUCUCUCUGCAUCUCUCAGCAGCGCUUCAUCUGCCGCCUUCCUGCCAGUGGCAGCUGGUCGGAGAGGUGUGGUGUGGACACCAAGCCAGUAGCAGGGCAGACCUGCAGUAGACACUCCUUCUCAGAGCCACUGCUCUGCCCACCCCUCCCCAUGGUCCUCUCCUUUCUGCAGCUGAACUACCUGGGCCCCCCUUUCAAUGAGCCUGACUUCAACCCACCGCGGCUAGGGGCUGAGACCCUGCCCCGGGCCACCGUCAACUUCGACGUGUGGCGCAGCCUCAACGACAAACUGCGGCUGACCCAGAACUACGAGGCUUACAGCCACCUUCUGUGCUACCUGCGUGGCCUCAACCGCCAGGCCGCCACAGCCGAGCUGCGCCGGGGCCUGGCCCACUUCUGCACCAGCCUCCAGGGCCUGCUGGGCAGCAUCGCGGGUGUCAUGGCUGCCCUAGGCUACCCGCUACCCCAGCCCCUGCCUGGGACAGAACCCGCCUGGGUCCCCGGCCCUGCCCACAGCGACUUCCUCCAGAAGAUGGACGACUUCUGGCUGCUGAAGGAGCUGCAGACCUGGCUGUGGCGCUCGGCCAAGGACUUCAACUGGCUCAAGAAGAAGAUGCAGCCACCAGCAGCGGCAGUCACCCUGCGCCUGGAGGCCCCCUCCUUCUGAUCGCAGCCUGGCUGCCCCUCCCAAACCUGUAACUGCCAACACCUGUUGAGCCAGGAGAUGGAUGCCAUGAGCCUCGGGGGCUUCCCUGGGUGUGAUGCAGUGGCCUGGUCCCACGCCCGCCCCCACCUCCCGAAGUCCUGCAGGUCUGGGAAAGAGGUGCAAUAGCCCCAUCCCAUGCCCACAGGAAGUACUGCUUACAGGAGCCCUGUGUGGGCUCAGUUGGCGCCAAGGCCUCACACCCUGGCUUCCUGCCACUGCCACCCACACCACCCAGCUCCUCUGGCGCAUGUCCUGGAAGUGUGACAGCAGCACUGGGACCGGGGCUGCCACAGCAAGUGCCUUCUAGGGGGGAAGCCUUUUGGCGGCUUCCUCUCCUUGGAAACGGGUGGUUUCCCUAUUCUGAAGCCCUUCCACAGGUCCAGCUCAGGAAGCAAACACGGUGGCUGGCAAGACUGAGCAGAAAGAGGGGUGGGGUAAAAGCUGCAGAUCGGGCCGGAUGGGGUCAGCCUGGAGGUGGCCUGCCCCCAGAGCGAUGUUGCAGAGGGGCAAGGCAGACUGGAUCCAGAGGCCACCGAGGUAGCCAGUGGCCCCCAGUAGCACAGCCAGUCAUAAGGAGCAGCAGGGCCAUGCCUGGAGGGGUCCACCAGCAGGCAUUGGGUGCCAGCUCAUUCCCUUGUCUCAGGCUGGGGAGGGCCACUGUGGCCACAGCCACAGGAUUUCCUGAAAGUUUACAUUGCAGUAGCAUUUGGGGGCGUGGGGGCAGUUCCCCCUGGCCCUGCCCCCAGCUCCACCCACUCAUGACUCUUAAGUUUGUGGUAUUAAUAUUUAUUUAUUUGGAGAUGUUAUUUAUUAGAUGGUAUUUAUUGCAGAAUUUCUAUUCUUGUAUUAACAAAUAAAAUGCU